UAAAUUUUUUCCCAUUUAUUCUGGUUCAUAUUCACUUCUGAUCCAAAUUCACUGAAUUGAAGAGAAUCUCAUCUUUUUCCAACAGCCCAAGAUAUUUAACAUCCACCUGAAAAGACACAGAUGAGGUUUAACGUUUCAUCCUAAGGACGUCGCCUUUCGACAAUACGCCGCUCUCCUGCCCCCACAUUACUGCUCUGGAGCGUGAGCCUGGACGGUGAACUCCAAGUCCCAUUGGGAAGGAAGGCCUUGGCUGUCGCAGUAUGAGCCAUGGGCUACGACGUCAAUCGGUUUCAGGGCGAGGUGGACGAGGACCUGAUCUGCCCUAUUUGUAGCGGAGUUCUGGAGGAACCUGUGCAGGCUCCGCACUGUGAACAUGCUUUCUGCAACGCCUGCAUCACGCAGUGGUUCUCUCAGCAGCAGACGUGUCCUGUGGACCGUAGUGUAGUGACUCUUGCCCACCUGCGGCCCGUGCCCCGUAUCAUGCGAAACAUGUUGUCCAAGCUGCAGAUCACCUGCGACAACGCCAGCUUCGGCUGCACCGCGGUGGUGCGGCUGGACCAGCUCGUGUCUCACCUGAACGACUGCGAACACAACCCCAAGCGGCCGGUCACGUGUGAGCAGGGCUGUGGACUGGAAAUGCCCAAAGACGAGUUACCGAAUCACAACUGCAUCAAACACCUGCGAACAAUGGUACUCCAGCAACAGGGCAAGAUCGCGGAGCUGGAGAAGACCACAGCCGAACACAAGCACCAGCUGUCUGAGCAGAAGCGAGACAUUCAGCUGCUGAAAGCCUACAUGCGUGCAAUCCGCAGCGCCAACCCCAACCUGCAGAAUCUGGAGGAGACCAUCGAGUACAACGAGAUCUUGGAGUGGGUCAACUCUUUGCAGCCCGCCCGUGUGACCCGCUGGGGAGGGAUGAUUUCCACACCGGACGCGGUGCUCCAGGCCGUCAUUAAACGCUCCCUGAUCGACAGCGGCUGCCCCAUGUCCAUCGUCAACGACCUGAUCGAGAACGCACACGAGAGGAACUGGCCGCAGGGUCUGGCCACGCUGGAGACGCGGCAAAUGAACCGCAGAUACUAUGAGAACUAUGUGGCCAAGCGGAUCCCGGGGAAACAGGCUGUGGUGGUGAUGGCGUGUGAGAAUCAGCACAUGGGAGAUGACAUGAUCCUGGAGCCCGGGCUUGUCAUGAUCUUUGCUCACGGAGUAGAGGAAAUCUUUUAAACAACACGGAGCGCGUGAACCAGUGGCAGAAACCUUCUGCGAUCGAGUUUCUAACCUGGGAAGAGAGCAGACAUGGACAUUGCAUCAGUGUGUGGUGCAGCGUGUGGGACACAGACUGAGCCCGCGCCUCACUGACUGUGUGUGACACAGCGACCCUGAGGCUGUGUGUGUGUGUGUGUGUGUGUGUGUGUGUGUGUGUGUGUGUUUGUGUCAGCGCCACCAGCUCUCAGGCCAGGAAACCACGUGCACAUUUCUAUUUAUUCCUCCCAACGCAAGACUGAAGAGCAGAAAAAUGGGAUUUUAUUUGCCGUUUCAGAACUCCACAGCCACACCUGGAGGCCAGCGACAUGUCGUCACCUUGGCUGUGGUCUUGAGUUCUGUUUCUGUGUGUGUGUGUCUGUCUGUCUCUCUGUCUGUCUGUGUGUUUUGUCUUUUUUUAUUUUAACCAGAAAACUGUAAAGACAAUAUUUAUAUUGUGAUGGGUGCUGUGAGUUACACUGUGAGAACAGAGGUGGUGUUUCCUGUGAGAUUUUUUGUUUCUGUUCCAACAGCAGACCUGACAGUCAAACCUCGGACUCCAACCCACUCCCCCCCACCUCGCCCUCCCCGCACACCCCUCCCCCCCCCACACAUUGCAAAUGUUGUGAUAUGGUCAUUAGUGGCUUAAUGUCCACUGGAGUACAUGGGGAUUGGCUGGGACUGGGCUGCGACAAUGUCUAUUGAUUCAGGCAAUGGUCUUAACUCUUUAUGCAAAACGUGAGCUUGAGUGUGAGUGUAUGUGAGUGUGAAUGUGAGUGUGAGUGACACCAUUUUAAGCUGCAGGUGCCUCACAGCCAAUACCUGUGUCUUAAGACGGUGGCCAGAUAAUGAAUGAGUAAAAGUUUUUUUUAAAUGGAAAGAAAAACCCAAGUGUACAGUGCAGGGCAUUAGGGAUUUCUCUCCUGAUUGUCGACAAGACUCGAUGUCGAUUGUUUAAGAAAAUUCACUUUGACCUAAAUCCUGAGCGUUUGGGAUUUGCCUUAAAAUGGAAUUGGCGACUGAGAGUGGGGGCAGGGAGAGAGCCCCCGUCACGACACUCGUGGGAGGGAAAUACAGAGAGAAGCAUUCAGCAGAGAUUUCAAAUGGUUUUGGUGGUUUGUUUAAUGUUCAGCACAAGCAACAAACCAUUGGGCAUCUUUGCUGAGAUUUCUGCUGUUCUGGCCGCUUGUCAGACUCACUGGCCUCACCGUCCGCCUCACUCCGUCCGUCGUCCGUCCCCAGGCUCCAUUGUAUCACCAUUUGCCAAUCUCUCCCAUUAACCCCCCACCCUCAUCCGACACAUCUCGCCCCCCCGGAGAGGGCGGAGUAUCUACAGCAAGGGGACAUGGUGGUCUCUAAUGCCCCCCCCACCAUUGUUACUGCUGCCUCACACCCCUCUCAUUUGUAUCUCACUGCUACACGAACUGGUGGACAGUGAGUGUUGGUGGGAGGGGUUUGUGUCUGUGAGCUGAGGGGGGGGUGACUUUGCUGUGCUGGUUCUCGCGCUGUGAUCACUGACUGAGUUCUGGAGUUUCUCUGCUUUUUGUAGAGUUUCCUCUACAGUAAAAUAGUAACAACACCUCCACCGUUUCCACUGCACACACUGACGCCAUCUACCAGCAGUUACCGCAACGCACACUCUGGGGUCCCCAAGCCCUGGCUCUUGCCAACCUGCACCUAAUACUCUCCGGAAUUAGGUAAGGAGGACACAUCCCUCCAGGGAGAGCGCAUUCCGUUCCAACAAUGUAUCGCUGGGAUUUCCACGUGUAGGUGGGAUGUGGGGAAAUCUCAGUGGUUUGGAGACUCUUAAGCAACAGUGAUGGUUUCCACAGACAUCCGGCUGAGCAAAAUCAACCUUAACGUGAUUAUGAGCUGAAUGGCUGCCUCCUCCGUCAGACCCCCGGCCGGUCACGGUGACGGGUUUCCGUGUGUGUCAGACCCCCGGC